CGUCUUUCCCUCCUAUCGACUAUAAAGUACCACGCCUGCUCGUCGGUACCAACAGACCCUGUCUCCUUGACCAGCUUCACUUCGAUUUCCAGGCUGUAGGAUUGGAAUAGGGUCAAGCUAGACUUGUACAUCUAUCUUCCCAUCAUGGCGUUCCUGAUCCCUCUGGCGCUCUGCGCCUUUGUCGGUCUCACUUAUGUCAUUCUCUUUGUCGGAAAAAGAGAGCGUAACCUUCCUGGCGGUCCACCGACAUUGCCUAUCAUUGGAAAUCUCCAUCAGAUGCCAUUAAAAAAUGCCCACUUGAAGUUCACCGAAUGGGCCAAAGAGUACGGUGGAAUGUACUCGCUGAAGCUCGGCACUGGCACAAUGAUCGUGAUUACAGACCGCCGGCUGGUCAAAGAACUCGUCGACAAGAAAUCCUCCAUCUACAAUGGCCGACCGGAAUCCUAUGUUGGAAACGGAAUCAUUACAGGAGGCGAUCAUCUACUCGCCAUGGAUUACGGAGAGCUGUGGCGCGCUUUCCGCAAGGUUAUCUACCAGCACUUCAAGGAGACCAUGGUUGAGAAAGAGCAUACCAAGGUGGUGAACGCCGAGGCGAUCCAGAUGUGUCGGGACUUUCUGCUCGCCCCUAACAAGCAAAUGUUACACCCGAAGAGAUUCAGUAAUAGCAUUACCAUGAGCUUGCUAUUUGGAGUCCGCACACCCACGCACGACACGCGGCACAUGAUCAAGCUGUACGAUAUGAUGGAGGAUUGGUCAAAGGUUAUGGAAACCGGAAACACUCCCCCGGUGGACAUCUAUCCCUUCCUGCACUGGAUCCCUGAGCGAUUCUUGGGUAUGUGGGCUUCACGUGCGAAAGCCGUUGGCGACUCCAUGAACCAGCUAUACGCCGAAUUCUUAGACGUCGUCAUCGAGCGACGAAAGAUUAAGGGGAGCAAAGGUUCUUUCAUGGAUAAGGUCCUGGACGAGAACGAAAAGCAUGGGUUCAACAGACAUCAGUUGUAUUUCCUGGGGGGCGUGAUGAUGGAAGGUGGUUCAGAUACUUCAUCCUCAAUUGUCAUUGCUUUUAUCCAUGCAAUGACAAAGUGGCCCGAGAUUCAGAAGAAGGCGCAAAAACAGAUUGAUGCAGUUGUCGGAGAAGACAGGACACCGGUCUGGGAAGACUAUGACAAGCUACCUUACGUGGCUGCGAUUGUCAAAGAGGCCAUGAGAUGGAGACCGGUUGUUCCCCUUGGCUUCCCUCAUGCUCUGUCUGAAGAUGACUGGGUCGAUGGUAAAUUCCUUCCCAAAGGUAGCACUAUCAUCCUCAAUGCAUGGGGUAUGCAUCAUGACCCAGUUCGCUUCCCCAACCCCGAUGUCUUUGAUCCAGACCAUUACUUGGGCGUCACCAAAUUGGCUGCCCACCUCGCCAGUUCCGCCGACUAUGAGGAUCGCGACCACUAUGGAUACGGCACUGGACGCCGUCUAUGCCCCGGUAUCCAUCUUGCAGAACGGAACCUGUUCCUUGGAAUUGCCAAGCUGCUUUGGGGCUUUAACAUUAGUCCCGGCAGAGACGAAAACGGUGCGAUCAUUGAGCCGGACGUUGAUCCCAAGAGGGCAUACAGUGAGGGCUUCCUGGUUUGUGCCCAUCCGUUCCCAUGUGAGUUCAAGGUCAGGAGUAAGGCGAGGGAGGAAACAAUUAUGAGAGAGUUCAAAGAGGUGGAAGAGAAAGUGUUUUCAGCCUACGAAAACCCUGUGGCUUAAGAGCUCAGCUGCUCGGCUGUGUCAACCUGUACUGGAUAAGUAUAGCUAGCAUCUCUAAUAAUAAAGCGAGUCAAAUGAACCCAGAUGGGUGCCAG